AUGGUUGGAACAUGUUUUAAAAAAGGUGGACGUUUUGAGGAAUCAUUCAAGCCACUACAAGAAUCAGCUGAGAUUGUGUGGAAUGCUAUUCUAACAACAUCUGCAAAACAACCGAUCGAUUUUAUUACUUCGUUUGGAAGUCCUUCAAAGUUUGGUAUGGAUAUAUGGAAGUAUUUCUGCGCAUGGAUUGGUGAUGAAAUAUGGGCCGAACCCAUACCAGGCACUAUGCGACUGUUAAAUUCAAAUAAAAACUAACAGUAAUGAACAAUUCGUCGAAUAAUACGAUGAGUUCUUCUGGUUGUCGAUUUAUUGUGUUCUUUUUUGCUCUUUUUUUCAAGUCGAAAUCAAUAAAGAGAUAAGCUGUAGUUGUUAAGUCAUCGUUAAAUAUGAGUGUUUUCUUUCGAAUGCGCUUUAUUCAUCCGUUGAACUUUCCUUAGAUUUAGUACUGCAUUUGCUAAUUAUUUAGUUAGUUAGACCCUUACCGUUCCCGGUGUAGGGUGAGAAACUUCUUUUCAUUAGCAAUAUGGGUUUUAUGUCCUAAACGAUAGGUUGCUAGCCUGAUGACCAGACGGUUGACUACCGGCAACCCAUGGUCGCCUCCUACAGCUGUUCAAAAACAACUAUAGGCCCCUGUGUGAUCUUUAAAAAUUCACCCGAUAGGCGGCACUGCAUUUGAUACUGUUUUAUUAUUGAUCACACAUCGUAAAACUUAGGAGAAUAUCCACCAUAGCGCGGACUAUGUUGGCCUGAGCGAAAUUUUUUUACGUUUCAAGCGAAUUUUUCAAAAGUAAACCCAUAUCUUCAAAAAUCUAAAUCUAAAAUUCAAUUCUUUUUAAAGUCAUGAACUUGGUAGGAACGAUGUUGUGGAUGAAAGCCAUUUGACAGAUUAGUACCAUAGCUUGAAAGGCUGUGCUAUAAAAAGCAAAUAAUCCUUUUCCCAAAUUCGAUGGACAAGCGUGACCAGAUGUCUCUAUAUCUUUAUAAAAAUGUAUCAAUAAUUUGUAUUGUUUGGCAAAAUAAGAAUCAGCAUUGGUUUGAUCGAUCGAUUCUCUUGAACAAAAAAACGCUUUUCUCAAGAAAGAGCAGAAAAUAUUUGGAAAUAAAAAUUACAAUUUGUCCAGCGGC